AUGGUGAUGCCUUCGCUGAAGCUUCAGGACCUAAUCGAAGAGAUUCGAGGGGCCAAGACCCAGGCCCAAGAGCGGGAGGUGAUCCAAAAGGAGUGCGCCCACAUCCGCGCGUCUUUUCGGGAUGGAGACCCUCUGCACAGGCACACCCAACUGGCCAAGCUGCUCUAUGUCCACAUGUUGGGCUACCCCGCCCACUUUGGACAGAUGGAGUGCCUGAAACUGAUUGCCUCCCCCAGAUUCUCAGACAAAAGGGUGGGCUACCUGGGGGCCAUGCUUCUACUGGAUGAACGGCAGGAUGCUCACUUGCUCAUUACUAACAGCAUCAAAAAUGAUCUAAGCCAGGGGAUUCAACCAGUGCAAGCCCUGGCCCUGUGCACGCUGAGCACCAUGGGCUCUGCUGAGAUGUGCCGGGACCUGGCUACAGAGGUGGAAAAACUGCUCCUGCAGCCCAGCCCAUACGUGCGCAAGAAGGCUGUUCUGACUGCGGUGCACAUGAUUCGGAAGGUCCCUGAGCUCUCCAGUAUCUUCCUCCCACCCUGCACCCAGCUGCUUCAAGAACGCCACCAUGGCAUCCUGCUGGGCACCAUCACGCUGAUCACGGAGCUCUGCGAACGAAACCCUGCAGCCCUCGGGCAUUUUCGAAAGGUGGUCCCCCAGCUGGUGCAGAUUCUCCGGACUCUGGUGACAUCAGGAUAUUCCACAGAACACAGUAUAUCUGGAAUCAGUGACCCUUUCCUACAGGUCCAGAUACUUCGUUUGCUUCGGAUUCUAGGCCGGAACCAUGAGGAGAGCAGUGAGACCAUGAAUGACUUGCUGGCCCAGGUGGCUACUAACACAGAGACCAACCGGAAUGCAGGCAAUGCAGUCCUGUUUGAAACAGUGCUCACCAUCAUGGACAUACGUUCUGCAGCUGGUCUACGGGUUCUAGCUGUCAACAUUCUUGGCCGCUUUCUGCUCAACAAUGACAAGAACAUUAGGUAUGUCGCCCUAACAUCGUUGCUGCGACUGGUGCAGUCUGAUCACAGCGCUGUGCAGCGGCACCGGCCCACUGUGGUGGAAUGUCUACAGGAUCCUGAUGCCUCCCUCAGCCGUCGUGCCCUGGAAUUGUGCCUGGCCCUGGUGAACAACUCCAAUGUGCGAGCCAUGAUGCAGGAGCUACAAGGUUUUCUGGAGUCAUGUCCCCAUGAUCUACGGGCUGACUGUGCAUCAGGCAUCCUGUUAGCUGCAGAGAGGUUUGCGCCAACCAAGCGGUGGCACAUAGACACUAUCCUGCGUGUGCUGACCACGGCAGGCAGCCAUGUGCGAGAUGAUGCAGUGGCUAGCCUGAUCCAGCUGAUUGGGGAAGCCCAGGAGCUCCACGCCUACUCUGUGUGCCGCCUCUAUAGUGCCCUGAAACAGGACAUCUCUCAGCAACCACUGGUACAGGUGGCAGCCUGGUGUAUUGGGGAAUAUGGCGACCUCCUGGUGGAAGGGAACUGUGAGGAAACUGAGCCACUUCAGGUGGAGGAGGAAGAGGUAUUGAUGCUGUUGGAAAAGGUGCUACAGUCUCAUCUGUCCCUGCCGGCCACCCGAGGAUAUGCCCUCACAGCCCUCAUGAAGCUCAGUACCCGCUUCCAUGGAGACAACAAACAUAUCCGACAGGUGGUGUCCAUCUACGGGAGCUGUCAAGAUGUGGAACUGCAGCAGCGGGCUGUGGAAUAUAACACACUCUUCCGAAAGUAUGACCACAUGAGAGCUGCCAUCCUUGAAAAAAUGCCUCUCAUGGAUCGAGGGCAACCUCAGGCUGAUGAAGAGGCAGCGGAAAGCAGAGAACCCCAGACUUCAGCAGCAGCCCCUGUCCCUGCAGAGCCCCAGGCCUCAAAGCUCUUGGAUCUGUUAGAUCUCCUGGAUGGUCCUUCUGAGGAGGCCCAGUGUCCCCCUCUUCUGGAUCCCUCCCCAGGGGGUACUUUAGUACACCUCUUAGACCAGCCCUGUGUUUCCCCACCCCUGGAUCCCAUCCCAAAUCUUAAAGUGUUUGAGCGUGAGGGAGUACAGCUGAAUCUGUCUUUUGCUCGACCCCCCGGAAUUCCUGCUUUGCUUUUAAUCACUGCCACUGCCAGCAAUUCCUCAGCAGGUGAUGUCACCCAUUUUGUCUGCCAAGCUGCUGUGCCUAAGAGUCUCCAGCUACAGCUCCAAGCCCCCAGUGGGGACACAGUCCUAGCUCAGGGCGGACUUCCCAUCACCCAGCUGCUCAGAAUUCUCAAUCCUAACAAGGCCCCUUUGCGGCUAAAACUUCGCCUUACCUACAGUCACUUCGGGCAGUCGGUGCAGGAGAUCUUUGAGGUGAACAACUUGCCUAUGGAGACAUGGCAGUAA